AUGAAUCAGGUCACAAUUCAAUGGGACGUGGCAAUAGCUCUUUACAUAUUCUUCAAUUGGUGUCAUGGAGGAAUUACAAAUAUAAACUGCUCUGGACGCAUCUGGGUAGAACCAGCCACAAUAUUUAAGAUGGGUAUGAAUAUCUCUAUAUAUUGCCAAGCAGCAAUUAAGAACUGCCAACCAAGGAGACUUUAUUUUUAUAAAAAUGGCAUCAAAGAAAGAUUUCAAAUCACAAGAAUUAAUAAAACAACAGCUCGCCUUUGGUAUAACAACUUUCUGGAGCCACAAGCCUUUAUGUACUGUACUGCUGAAUGUCCCGGAUAUUUUCAAGAGACACUGAUAUGUGGAAAAGACAUUUCUUCUGGAUAUCCACCAGAUGUACCUGACAAAGUAACCUGUGUCAUUUAUGAAUAUUCAGGCAACAUGACUUGUACCUGGAACCCUGGGAAGCCCACCUACAUAGACACCAAGUAUGUGGUGUACGUGCAGAGUUUAGAGACAGAAGAAGAGCAAGAGUAUCUCACUUCAAGUUAUAUUAACAUCUCCACUGAUUCAUUGCCAGGCGGCAAGAAGUAUUUGGUUUGGGUCCAAGCUUCAAAUGUACUGGGCACGGAGAAGUCAAAACAAGUGCAAAUUCACCUGGACGAUAUAGUGAUACCUUCUGCAUCCAUUAUUUCCAGGGCUGAGGAUAUAAAUACUACAGUGCCCAAAACCGUAAUCCACUGGAAUAGUCAAACAUCAAUUGAAAAGGUUUCCUGUGAAAUGAGAUACAAGGCUACAACAAACCAAACUUGGAACGUUAAAGAAUUUGACACCAAUUUUACAUACGUGCAACGGUCAGAAUUCUACUUGCAGCCAAACACUAAGUACGUAUUUCAAGUAAGAUGUCAAGAAAAAGCUAAAAGGUACUGGCAGCCCUGGAGUUCACCCUUUUUUCAUAAAACUCCUGAAAUAGUUCCCCAGGUCACACUGAAAUCAUUUCAACAUGAUACUCAGAAUUCUGGGCUUCUAAUUGCUUCCAUCUUUGAAGGACACCUUACUUCUGACAAUAGGCAACAAGACAUUGGGCUUCUAUUGGGAAUGGUCUUUGCCGUUAUUUUAUCAAUUCUUUCUCUGAUUGGGAUAUUUAACAGAUCGCUCAGAACUGGAAUUAAAAGAAGAAUCUUAUUGCUAAUACCGAAGUGGCUUUAUGAAGAUAUUCCUAAUAUAGAAAAUAGCAAUGUUGUGAAAAUGCUACAGGAAAAAAGUGAAUUUAUGAAUAAUAGUUCCAGCGAACAGGUCCUUUAUGUUGAUCCAGUGAUUACAGAGAUAGAAAUCUUUCUCCCAGAAGAAAAACCCAUGGACUACAAAAGGGAAAAGAACACAGGAUCCGUGGAGACAAACAACAGCCUGCAAAAGUCACUACUCACCAACACUACAAUUGUAUAUAUUCCUGAUCUCAACACUGGGUAUAAACCCCAGAUUUCAAAUUUUCUCACUGGGGGAAACCAUCUCAGCAAUAAUGAUGAAACAGCUUCCUCAACUCUGGAACCACCAGCUGAUUGCUUAAACCUGGGAAAGAAUGCCAGGUUUAAAAAAUAUCCUAAUUUUUCUUUCUCUGUCUCAAGUAUGAAUUCGCUAAGCAACACACUAUUUCUUGAAGAAUUAAGCCUCAUUUUAAAUCAAGGAGAAUGCAGUCCUCCAGACAUGCAAAACCCUGUAGAGGGGGAAACCACCAUGCUUUUGGAAAAUGCAUCACCAAAUGAAACUAUUCCAGAACAGACCCUGCUGCCUGAUGAAUUCGUCACCUGUUUGGGGAGCAUGAACGAGGCGUUACCAUCUAUAAAUUCUUAUUUUCCACAAAAUAUUUUGGAAAGCCACUUCAAUAGGAUUUCACUCUUAGAAAAGUAG